UAAAAACUAUAAUCAAGUAUACAUUCAAUGAGUGAUACAAAUAAAUCUUACUGGUCAUUUGAAGGUGAAUCAUCUUCAGUGUUUACUACUGUUACAAAUACUUGCACUACUACAAGCUCUACUACUGGCAGUGAUAGUAGUAGCAACAGUAAAACUACAACAACAUUAACACAUUCAAGCUAUUCAAUGCCAACUGUAAUAAUUCCUACUAGUACAUCACAAUGUAUAAGUUCAUCAACAAGUUUACAAAUCCCAAAAUUCGGAAAAUUUUUUGAAACAAGUGAAACACAACUUUCUAAAGGAUUAUUUAGUGAAUCUACUCCAAUAUGUCAAGAAUUCCCAAGAGUUCUAUAUUCAACCCCAUCAAUGAGGCAGUCAUCAUCUUACACUGAAAAAAUGUUUGAAGGGACUUCACACAAAGUAAUCCCAUCUUCAUAUAUCUCUAGAGUCGGGAAACAUGAAGUUGCUGAAGGAUAUCUCGCAUCACUGCCGUCUGGAUAUAGAGAAUCUGAAAUACAUUCUUUUACUGCAAGCCAAAUUGAAGAGGGAACCAGAAUAACUCCAUCUUAUACGUGUGUAAGCACAGCAUCUGAAAGUUACUCAUCGGUAUUUCCUGGAGUUCCUUUUGGAAUCGGUGGAGAAAAGGUACCUUAUCAUAUGAGAUCGUCUAGACAUCAGUCAGUCGGUUCACAUACAUUCAUGAAGCAGGAAUCUUCAACAUCUAUCGACCCAGUCAAGUUCACUUCACAGUCUAUAUCACCUUCAGAAUGCAGAACAAUGACAUUUCCCAAACCUUUUAUAAAACAAGAGAUGUAUUCUCCUGAAACAUACACAGAAUUGCCUUUGCCUGCAGAACGGCAUAAUCUUUCAUCAAUUUCAUCUACACAGAAAUUACUUCAGAGACAUUACUCGGUACCUGAAGGACCAGUUUUUGAAAAAUCUGAUUUUUAUAACAUCUUACACACGAAAUCAGCCCCAUCUGUAGAUGAUUAUCAUAUGUUGUCCCCCAGAGAUUAUCCCGAAUCAUUUUUUUCCUGUCAUACAUCUAAAACGCUUAGUGCUGAAACGUUCCCAGGUUAUUUGACAGAGCUGGGCAUGACAUCACUGCUUCCAACUGAAGCAGGACCAUCAACAGUUAUUUACCGAAAAUCUACUUCAUCCAUUGCAUCCGCAUCCUCAGUGUCAGCAAAACAACAUACACUUGGUGAAAAUUUAGAAAAACGUAGAUACUGUUGUCCUGAAAUAGAUUGUGGAAAAAGAUUUGCUCGACCAGAUGAACUAAAACGACAUCACAGAAUACACACUGGAACGAAACCAUUUAUGUGUAAGUAUUGUCCACGUUCGUUUGGUCGGUCGGAUCAUUUAAGAACUCAUACACGUUCUCAUACGGGUGAGAGACCAUAUAUGUGUGAAUCAUGUGGACGUAAAUUUGCCCGAUCAGAUGAACGUACAAGACACAAAAGGAUUCAUGGUUGUGGUUUAGUUAAAGAUACUCAGUCAGGUGAGAGUAUAUUUUCUGGUACAUCAGUUCAUGAACCAUCUCCAAAUGAGGGAAUAACUAUCUACUCACAUGAACAACGAUUAAGUACAUCAGUUCCUGGUACUUCAUCACAAAGUCCAUAUUUACAUUCUAUCAUUUUUCAACCCCAUAAUAUUCAACCAAUUCCAUGGCAAAGUACUUCAACUGAAUCCAUUCCCAAUAUACCUUCAUUCCAAGAAUUUCCAGUCAGUAAUUUACCAUCCAGCAUACCAGCAUACUAUCAACAGAUACCUAUUUCUUUUACUAGUAGUAAUAUACCCCAUUUAAAUAUUACAUCAUCAACUUCAAGUGAUACGCAAAAGGAAUGGAAAACAUAUUCAAUUAUUUCACAAUCAAAUCCAGUUACAACCAGUGAUUCUAUUUAAUUCUACACUUUGAUAACACAUAGAAUCAAUCGUCUGUAGUACAUGUCACAUUUGACAUACAUACACACACAGUGG